AUGGCUGAAUUCUUCGUUCCUGGUCCCCCACCGUACCCUCGAUGGACGGCCGGCGACAUACAGGACAUUCGAUACAGGACCACCUUCACGGAAUACACGAUCGCUCUUUGGCAACAAUUCGACGGCAGCGCUAAACUAGGGCCCGUUCUUUUUCAAACCACCAACGGACCCGACCGAGACUUCUCCUGGGUCGUACAAAGCUACGACCUGGAUUUGGCCAGUUCUGACAAGUUUUUCCUUUGGCUAUUCGAGGGAGAUCCGUCUGUCCAAGGAAACGCGUCCAUGAAGAAUCAGCAGUCGUCGGGCUUUUUUUUCAUUUCCCCCGAGCCAACAACAACUUCGACAAUCUUACCGUCAUCGUCGGCUAUCUCUUCGUCCCCAAUUCCAUCGAGCAGUGACGAGGCCUCGACAUCAAGCAGUGACGAGGCCUCGAAAGAGACUGGCGAAGUUUCUCCGAACUCUGGCACAACUGGCGGUGAGCUUUCGACGGGUGCUAAAGUAGGUAUCGGCGUUGGCGCGGGAGUCGCGGGUCUGGCUAUCCUUGCUGCCAUUUUGCUAUUUUUCAAGUACAGGGCCAAAAAUAGGAAGAAGCUCGAAGAGCUGCGUGUUGCUAACGAGCAUUUUCGUUCCGGGGUUCCUUCCUCGAGCGACAUGUCCAAAACGGCUAUCACGUCCACCAACGUGGCUCUACAGUCGUCCUACGAGCUCCCUGGAGAUUACAACAGGCCCAUGGCGGAGCUCGGGUAG